AAGCUAGACGGUCACGUUCGAGCCUGCUCUCUACAACAAUCCUGUUUAAUCCUUAUACUUGAACCAAAAAAAAAAAAAAAAAAAAAAAAACUCUUCGAAACUGUGGAAUUGAGGCAAAAAUGUCUGGUAUUGGAAGAGGCAGUAGAGGAAAGCCUAAAUCAACAACACAAUCCAAAUUAACAAACUUUGGAGCGCAUGGCACAGAGCAACCAACUAGCAGGGAUGCUAACGCUACGAAGGACGCUGAUGCCGCUAUCACAGAAGCUAACGAGGGUGAAGUGAAUAAUGAGGCGCCGAUUUUACCCAGCAAAGACCAACAGCUCCUAAAUAUGGCUAAAGAUGAAAUAUUGGGAGAAAUACGCAAUUUGAAAAGUGAGUUCACCGGAAGAUUUGACGGGGUACUUAAAGCUAUAGAAGAAACAAGAAAGGAGGUGACUGAAUGUACAGAGCGGAUGGCUGGGGUAGAGGUGCGUCUGUCUAACGUUGAAGACGAGCAGGUUGACUUGAAAGCGGUGGUCGAGAGCUUACAGACAAGAAACAAACACCUUGAGAACAAAGUGGUCGAUAUGGAAAAUAGAUCGCGUUUGAAUAAUCUGAGGCUGGUGGGUCUCCCUGAAAAUUCUGAGGGAUUUGACGUGUGCGGUUUUUUGGAGAGUUGGUUGCCAGACGCGCUGGAGCUAAACCCAAUGCGUCACCCUUUAGUCCUGGAAAGGGCCCACCGCAUCGGACCAAAGAGAGACACCAAUACCUCACCGAGAACGGUAAAACUAUUAUUGGUGGAGAUUGGAACUGUGUUUUGAAUCCAAUCCUAGACCGAUCUACUGGAACUGACCAGACUCAUCAUAAAAGCAGAGAAAUCAUCCAGAAUUUUAUGAAGGAAUUACGGAUGGUAGAUAUUUGGCGA